AUGUCGCUCAACAACGACGACACAGACCCCCAUGCCUUUGCCCGCUUAAUAGACAGCAUUCUUCCCACCCCGCCUCGGAACAACCCCUUUUGGGAGCGCGCCUUUCGUCACCUCAUCAAGGGGCUGGAGAACGGCACCAACGAGUCGGCCAGCAACGGCGAGCUUGUGGUUCUGCUGCGCGCUGCGAUGGUCCCCGUGUCGUCAUACAAGCUGCCUGGUCGACCUGAAGAUGAGGGUGAUGCUGUUGUCGAUCCAAUCGACCUGUACGAUCUGACCACAGACCUGGACCUGUUCAAGUGUGCGGCGCGUAACUCUACGGCAUAUUGCGAUGCAGAAGCUCAACGUUCCGCUCAUGAUUUCCGUCAAUCCGCGGGUACCUUGAAGACACCGGCAUCAAGUCGACCGGCCUCGACAUAUGCGACGUCAGCCGCGACGCAGACAGAUGGCAUCCGCCGGCCUGACAUUGUCCUCAUCGCCUACGAGUGUGGCUCGACUCCAGCCAGCAUGCCGCCGCCGAGGAAGAAGAAGCGCACCACCGGUGCAGACAGUGCUUCCAAUGCUCCAGCCGCGACCUCCUCCUCUGGCAACAAUCCCAGUCCUGCCGCCCAGAUUCGCACGGCAUGUGUAACCCUUGUGGGCGAGAACAAGGUCUCGAGGUCACAGGUCCCCGAUGCCGAGGCUUGCCAGGCGUUUGCGCAGCUCUUCUUGCAGCUGUCGUCUGCCAGGAGCGCCUUUGGUACCUGCCUCGGAAACGUCCUCAUCAACACCCGCUACGCGCGUGUGUUGGCUCUCGGUCCCCGCGAGUUUGCUGUCGAAGUCAAGGGCGACGACCACACCGACGAGGCUCCCAGCGAGGUGGAGAGUUCCGACCCGCAGACGCCGCCCCAGACUGUGCCGUGCAAGGCCGAGCAGUUCCUCAGUGGGGGAAAGCUCUUCAACACUCUGCCCCACACCCUUCGCUCCGAUGGCAGUGGGUUGCAGCCGCUGUGGGACCUCGUGGUUGCUGGAUAUCGGCUCCUCACGCCUCUGAAGCUGACCGAGAUGGGGCGUAUCCCCGGCAUCAGCAAGGACGACGACGACAGCGUCUUCUCCGACGUCUACCGGGCGAUCGGACAGUCGAGGACGAGUCACGUCCACGUCCACGGCGAGGGUGGCGGACCGGACGGCGCGCCUGAUCUGGAGCGCCAGCUGCACGCGGCGGUGGGCUUCCAGAAGCGCGGUAAAACUCUUGACUACUUUGACCGCACGUACGGCACCUCGUACGGCAAGGCUGCCAAGGUCGCCGCCAAGGCAGGCGCCUCGAACAACCCGGCGCCGGGAGACGACGAGCCGCCCAGCGACAAAGGGCCUGGUUCCGGUGCUCCAGGACAAGACGGGCGUGGGAGUGGUGACUCGAGUCACAACCCUCCCGGUGCAGGCGGUGACGGCGGUGGUGGUGGUGGCGCAGACCCGUCAGGCCCAUCCGAACGCGCACCAGUGCCUGAGGCAAGUGAUACCGCACCUGUCGACGUCGACGACCUCAUCGCGUUCGGGCAGGACGCUUUCGACGAUCCCGAGUUCAACGUUCGCGUCAUCGCCGCCCUCGACUUUAUGGUCGCGCCUGUCAGUCCGGCCGUGUUUGACACCAUGCUCGCGGAACGAGUGGCGGUCGCUACCGACCAGCUCCAACACGGACGCACGUCUCUCGGACUCGGCGCCCCCGUAUCCAUCUCGCCCGUCGCCUCACGCGCGACAAGUGGCUCGACGUCUGGUGGCAGUGACUCGUCGCUGUCCACCACCACCACCGUCUUUUCUGAGCCCGCUCAUCAGCCAGACAAGCUCGCCACGACCAACCCUGCAUGCAAUGUCGAGUCCGUGAGACCGGCACCUUACACGUAA